GCCAGGGCUGACCAACGCUCCCCACGGCCGCGACGGAACCCCGAGAGCCCGCCUGUCAGCUUUAGUCAACGCGACUACACAAGCUUGGGGUCGGACCUUACUCCUGACCGACAUUCGACGAGGGGCCGAUUUUUUUUUUUGAUUUUUUUUUUUUUUCUCUGAAAACGUUGGAUCAUCAUCUACCCAGGUUACGUACCUUGCAGCCAUAAGACCGAUCAGGAAGCACUAAACGUCGGUGCUUGCGACAAGGCGGUCAUACAUACCUGCUACGCCCACGACCCCCCCUCCGCCUUCCUCGUUCGACAGGACAACAACGCCAAUUGUCCAUUAUCCAUCAACGGCCCGAGUCCUCGAGACGCUGUAUGACAUUCAGAGACGAUCGGGUUCGCAUACAACGGGCGCUCGCAAGUUUAACAUUGGACGUGGAGACACCCUCUCCUCCAUCGACGGCGCAUCUUAUCUGGGUUCUUCCUGAACGCAGACCGACCGCGGACCAAUCUACCACCCGGAUCACGACCUCACACACACACACGAAUUCGCAUAAUGGCAGCCCAGACACUGCCCGCCUCCGGGGCUGCCGUGACGUUCAAUACCCAGCGCACGCGUGCAUAUCUCCUUAAGCUGCCACUUUUCACAAGAGCCACGGUGCUAAUCAUUGUCCUGACAUGGGUUCUGACGUUGGUCGGCAAGUCAUGGAACUGGGACGUCAAGACGUGGGGCGCGUUGAUACCGGACGAGAUUGGUAUUGCGACAUUAUAUCGCAUCAACACAUUCCCCUUCAUCCACCUAAACAUCUUCCACACAAUACUCAACAUUGUCGCCUUUACACCUCUUCUCGAGCGGUUCGAGCAUGAACAUGGUACUUUAACCUCUGUGGCGCUCUUCUUUGGCCCAUUCGCAACGAUACCGGGCCUCAUCUACGUCUUCGUUGAAAGGUUCAUCCUUCACGCCAACACGCCAGUCAUGGGAGCCAGCAUGUGGGUGUUCCUGCUGCUGGGCAUGGAAGCUAUUCGCACCUACAAGACCAACCCCUACUUCACCAUCAGCACCUACAACAUUCCUACGUGGAUCACUCCUUUGUUGUUGGUGGUGGUUACUGCUGCGUUGCUGCCGAGUUCGAGCUUCCUCGGGCACUUGGCCGGUCUGCUUGUCGGUUAUGGGUUCGGCCUAGGAUACCUCAAGUUCCUCGCCCCUCCUGAGUGGGCGUUGCGGUUCAUCGAAGGAAAGCUCAACCUCUUGGGUAGACUGCCUCACUACGUCAGCGUGGAUCAAAAGACUUUUGGCAGAUUCGGUGUCCUCCCUUCCUCUGCCUCAUCAGCCGAGGCUGGCAUUCCGUUUUCCGGGGUCUCUGGUGGCCAGCGAUUGGGACCUUGAAAGAAAUACGGGUUCCCGAAAUAUGGCGUACAUUACGUGCAUGAGUAGAAGAGCAUGGAAGUUUGAAUUGGUGCAUACGAGGCAUGCGUGUCAUGAAUAAUGGAUAUAGAAAGGAAUUUUACUGUUAAUGUAUGAUGCUGUACGACUAAAUACAGGGCCGGGGGAAAAUGGAGAUGGUAGUUGCAUGGCGUUCUCUGGAUAUGAAUCGAAUUUCCUCUUGGGAUUUGAAGCCUGCAAGUCGAGUCUUAUUAGAUUUGAUGAGUGCCAAUCAUUCAGCUUGAACACGUCCAUGGAUGAUGAGUACGGGGUCUCAAUGGUCUUCAAAGUUUCGUAGCGUCAUAAAGAAGCUCGAGUCAUUAUGGCAAAGGUCGCGAGUUAUCCAGAUGUAAGAAAUAAUAUGUUAUCACUUUG